AUGGGAAACUGUACAACAAAAAAUUAAAACAUUAGCGAUUAAAAACUAUCUAUUAAAAAUAUUUAAUUUUUAUUUGUAAUUGGAAAAGGUGGUUUUGGUAAAGUAUGGAAGAUUGAAAUGAAAAAAAAUAGAAGAGAAUAUGCAUUAAAAGAGAUGAGUAAAGCAAAAAUUAUUUCAAAAAAAAGUAUAAAUUCAAUAAUGAAUGAACGCCUAUUAUUAUCAACACUUAAUCAUCCAUUUAUAAUAAAUAUGAUGUUUGCAUUUUAAGAUAAAUCAAAUUUAUAUUUAGUAAUGGAUUUAUUAGAAGGCGGUGAUUUACGUUAUCAUUUAUGUCGUUAUCGUUAAUUUAACGAAUAAUAAACAAAAUUUAUAGCAGCUUGUAUAAUAAUAGGAUUAGAGUAUUUACAUUCAAAUGUGAUAUUACAUCGAGAUAUAAAACCAGAAAAUAUAUUAUUUGAUUUAAAGGGUUAUAUAAGGAUAACAGAUUUUGGAAUAGCAAGAUAAUGGAAGCCUGAAAAUUAAUAGGAUACAAGUGGAACUCCUGGUUAUAUGGCUCCCGAAGUUAUGUGUAGAUAAAAUCAUGGAAUUUCAGCAGACUACUUUGCUUUAGGAGUAAUAGUUUACGAAACUAUGCUUGGAAAAAGGCCAUAUAUAGGAAAAACAAGAUAAGAAAUAAGAGAUUAAAUUUUAGCAAAAUAAGUGUAGAUAAAACAUGAUGAGAUGCCUGAAGGAUGGAGUUUAGAAGCCGCGGAUUUUGUUAACAGACUUAUUUAAAGGAAAUCAAUUAAUAGAUUAGGCUCUAAAGGUCCUUAAGAAGUAAAAAACCACAUUUGGUUUAAAGACUAUCCUUGGGAAAAACAUUUUAAUAAAGAAAUAGUAGCGCCAUUUAUUCCUCCAAAUUAAGAGAAUAAUUUUUAUAUAUAUGAAGAUAGAAAUAAUACUGAUAAUAAUUAAAUAAUAUAAAACUAGAUACUUUUAAGAAGAAACUCAAUUUAAAAUUUAUUUGAUGGAUAUACUUAUGAUAAUACAAAUACUAAAAUUAAGGAUUAGUGUUAAACUCUGUUUAAAAUUCAAAAUAAUGAUUUAAUUUUAAAUUUAUUAUUUAACUGUGGUUGA